GGAAAUGCUCAUGCGUCGUAUACGAGUGGCUUGUAGCAUCGCAUCGCCACGCACUUUUAUACCCCACAAGCACGCUCGCCUCGCCAGCGCCUUGAGCUUCCUGCCUCCAGCCUCGCUCGCACUCUGCAGCUCAACUCCUCUCGUUGCCUUCCUCGCCGCCUUCGGCGACCACAACGAUGGACGUCGUGCUGCAUUACUUUGACGAGUACGUCCUCGACGCGCUCUACGCCGUCGUGCUGCCCGCCUCGCCCAGCUCACCGCUGCUGCGCCGCUCUCCCGCGCUGCUAAGCGCCUUUCUCGCCGAUGGGCAGACCCAUGCCACCCUCGCGCACGCCGCCCACACGCGCAUUGCCGGCGCCGCCGGUGCCAAGGGCUUUCUGCACAACCUCACUAGCACGCUCGCAAGGGCCGCCUGGCCCGCUUCCCACUCGAUCCCAGCAGUAGAUGUAGCGCGGAUAGCAGACACCCCGCUGCCGGACACAGCGUACGCCGCGCUCGACUGGCCCGCCGUGUCGCAUCUGAGUGCGCUACCGCGCUCGAGCAUACUGCGCCAGUCGCUCUCGCUCUACGCGAUCACCUACGUCGGCAUCCUCCUGCUUUACUUUCUCUUUGCCGGGCUCAGCUACCGCUUCCUCUUCAACAAGGCCAUGCUGCGCCACCCGCGCUUCCUCAAGAACCAGGUCCGCCUCGAGAUCGCCGCGUCGCUGCGCGCCUUCCCUGUUCUCGACGCACUCACCCUGCCCUGGUUCGUUGCAGAGGUCCGCGGGCACAGCCGGCUCUACUCACACAUCAACCAGGGGCCCUGGGCCGACCGCUGGUUCGGCUUGCACGGCUGGACCUAUGCUGCGCUCAUCAGCACGCCUUUCUUCCUGCUCUUCACCGACGCGUGCAUCUACUGGGUCCACCGCCUCGAGCACCACCCGCGCCUGUAUAAGCAUGUGCACAAGCCCCACCACAAGUGGCUCGUCCCCAGUCCGUUUGCUUCGCACGCCUUCCACCCGCUCGACGGGUACGCUCAGUCGCUCCCCUACCACAUCUUCGUCUUCCUCUUCCCCCUACAUCGCACCCUGUACAUUGGCCUCUUUGUCUUUGUCAACCUCUGGUCCAUUUUAAUCCACGACAGCGACAUGAUCUGCAACUCACCCCUGGAGAAGUUCAUCAACGGCCCGAGCCACCACACGCUGCACCACCUCUACUUCUCCGUCAACUAUGGCCAGUACUUUACCGGCUGCGACCGCCUCGGCGGUAGCUACCGCGCCCCAAAGCUCGAGGACGACCCCUUGCACGACGUCCCCGACGCCGGUUCGGAUCCCAAGGCGAAGGUUGAGAAGACAGAGUGAAGCAGGCCGCCGUUCCUCCUCCUUUCAUAGACAUUGCGCCAUGUGCAUGCAAACAUAUACAUACAUGCCCACGUAUGUAAGCGCCGCCCCAGUCCCAGUCCCAGUCCCAGGCGCAGGCUCCACCUUCACCCGCUUAUCACUCUUGCGUGAGAGCUUGCGCAUAUCACAGCCAGCCGAACCAAACUAGAGCAUCAAUCUAUUCAUGG